CGCGCAUCCAAAUUUGCCUCGCUUUGAAUGUAGGUCAUAUUGUUGGAGGAAUGGCGAGCAACAAACGGAUAGUUUACGUCGGUGGUCUUGCAGAGGAGGUGGAUGAGAAGAUUCUCCAUGCUGCUUUCAUCCCAUUUGGUGAUAUUGUAGAUAUAAACAUCCCAUUGGACUAUGAGACGGAGAAACACAGGGGUUUUGCUUUUGUUGAGUUUGAACUGGCUGAAGAUGCAGCAGCUGCCAUUGAUAACAUGAAUGAUUCGGAGUUAUUUGGGAGAACAGUGCGUACCAAUCUGGCCAAGCCUAUGAAGAUUAAAGAGGGAGCCUCCAGAGCUGUAUGGUCGGAGGACUCCUGGCUCCAGGAACAUGCUGGGGAGACACUGAGCAAGGGAGAUAAGGAGAAUGAGGAGGAGGCAAACAACAAGAGACCUGCUGAGGAAGCCGAGGAUAGUGCAGCACCAGCCAAGAGGUCCAAAUCCAAUCCCCAGGUAUAUCUAGAAGUGAAGAUUGGCAGUAAAUCAGCCGGCAGAAUUGUGAUACAGCUGAGGGCAGACGUGGUACCAAAAACUGCAGAAAACUUCAGAUGUUUGUGCACACAUGAGAAGGGCUUUGGUUACAAAGGCAGCAUAUUCCACAGAAUAAUCCCCCAAUUUAUGUGUCAAGGAGGCGACUUCACCAACCACAACGGCACUGGAGGCAAGUCCAUCUAUGGAAAGAAAUUUGAAGAUGAAAAUUUUGCUCUGAAACACACUGGUCCAGGAAUCAUGUCCAUGGCCAACUCUGGUCCUAACACCAAUGGUUCUCAGUUCUUCAUCUGUACGGAGAGGACGGACUGGCUGGACGGGAAGCAUGUCGUCUUUGGGCAGGUCAUUGAGGGCAUGGACGUCGUCAGAAAGAUGGAGAGUGUUGGAUCAAAAGAUGGAAAAACGUUUCAAAAAGUUGUCAUAUCAGACUGUGGAGAAUUAGUAUGACAGGGACAUCAGUGAAAAAAAUAUUUUUCCAAAAAAAAA